ACAUUUGCCUGCUCUUCUCUUGCCCGUAGUAGCCAUGGCGGCCAUGAGUUUAUUACGGCGGGCUUCGGUCUCUGCAGUGGCCGCUCUGUCUAGCCGCCGCCUUGAUGCUAGACUUGUAUUCGGGGGCUUCCUCACCCGUGACUUUCCGAAGACUAUCGCUCCUGUGCGACACAGUGGAGACCAUGGGAAAAGACUGUUUAUCAUCAAGCCUUCUGGAUUCUAUGACAGACGUUUUUUGAAAUUAAUGAGAUUCUACAUUUUGUUGACUGGGAUUCCAGUAGCAAUUGGCAUAACUCUGGUGAAUGUAUUCAUUGGUGAAGCUGAGUUAGCAGAAAUUCCAGAAGGCUAUACCCCAGAACACUGGGAAUAUUUCAAGCAUCCUAUAUCAAGAUGGAUUGCCCGAACUUUCUUUGAUAGUCCUGAAAAGAAUUAUGAAAGAACAAUGGCUAUCCUUCAAAUUGAAGCUGAAAAAGCUGAAUUGCGGUUAAAGGAGCUGGAAGUACGAAGUUUAAUGCGUGCAAGAGGCGAUGGUCCCUGGUAUCAGUAUCUGACCAUUGAUAAGACACUUAUUGAUCAUUCUCCAAAAGCAACUCCUGACAACUAAUCUUUUAUUUCUCUAAAUACAAAGUAUAUUCUCUUUAGGCAAAGCUAAAUUUCUAGAUAUAUUCUGUAUUUUUUCCAUGUGAUGAAUAAAAGAUCCUACUCAUUGCUCUAUUUCUCAACAUUGGUUCAGAUUAAGGCUUUUUUGUGUGUGAUUUCAUUUUUUUUUUCUAGCUUUAUUGAGGUGUCAUUCACAAAGUUGUAAGAUAUUUAAAGUGUACGUUAUGAUUUGAUACACAUAUAUAUUGUGAAAGACAGAUUAAGGCUUGUGGUUUGGGGCUUUCAGCUUCCUCUUUUAAGAACGUUUAAGUAUAAUAAAAA